CAGUUACCACUUACCACUCACAGCCGGUAAGUUUUAGUGAUCUGUAAUCACGAAUCAGUAUUGUCGCGCGCGUUCCUCAUAGCGGUCCGGUGUGCGUUGCCUACGCUGUCGUAGUAUGACAUUCGCGUUCACUUGCCGCUGGGUCGAUCUCGUUUUCGCGGAUAUUUCGACGUGAACAGAACACGACCCGAGUCAUUCUCAUUUCUCAACCAUGCAUCUUCCGUCGUCCGUCGUCGUGGCCGUGUCGUUCCUGGUGGCGUCCGGCUCCAUCAGCGGCGUGCAGUGCGCGUACUGCGACGACCACAAGUUUAAGGAACUGCGGCCCGGCGUGCAGUUCACCAAGGAACUCAGUUCGUCCGAAUACGGUGCCAUCAGUUCGUUCAAGACUCUCCACUGUUGCGGCAAGAAGUACCUGAGUCUCGAAUGGUUCAAAGACGGUCGUCCUUAUCCUUGGCCCAGCGACGUGUCCAGUUUCAUACUGAACCCGGAGAGCGCCAACCAGACAAUUUACACACAGAGCUUAACGCAGUCCGACCGAGGCGUUUACACUUGUCAACUGGCUAACCACACGACUACCAUUAAUCACUCUGUGAACCUCGGCACCACUGACGAUGCUGGUUACUGGGGAGAUCCGCUCCCGACUUAUAAAAUGCCCCGUGUCCACUAUGCCGAACACGGCGAUUUCAUCCGGUUGUACUGCGAAGGGUUCGUAGGCAAAGUCAAACUCCCCGACGCCACCAACACGAUAACGUGGAAAAAAAUAGGAUCGAACCGAACGGUCGAAUCCAACGACAAAUACGAGAUUCAAGAAGUCAUUAGGGAGAACGAACAAGUGCUGGGAGCUUUUCUCUACAUAAACAAUAUACAGGAAACGGAUUACGGACAAUAUUCGUGUUCCAUCAGCAACACGGACGAUCAAAUUGUGCAACAGUUCACCAGCGUUUCGAAAUUCGUCGCCAAAGAACAGUCGGAAAAAAAAUUGUUCAAGGAACUCAUUUUCAUAAUUUGUCUUAUGGUGUUGUUGAUAUUGACCCUGUGGAAACGUCGAUGGGUGGUCGCGGCUUACCGGAGAUUAAGGAAAAACAUAGCAAAAGACAAAUACAUAUUGCCCAAAAAGACAACGUGGAACUUGAUAAUUUUUUACGACCAAGAGAACAAAGAGAGGGCGCAUUAUUUGAAAGAGAAAAUCGAACAACAACAAGAAGACAAUUACAUCAUUAAAAGCUAUCUCAUCGAUUUUGACGAAGACUCCAUUAAAACUCACGUCGACCUAGCCAAAGACUACGACUUUGCCGUUUACCUGCUUUCCUCGGACGAUACACAGACAUCAUCGUUGACGAAAUCAUCGUUAAAAUCGUUCAUCGAAGACAACGCAUCACUAAAGAACUAUUUAAUCAAUUACUGCGAUUCGCCAACGACACCGACGAAAAAGUGGUGCGACAAAAUCGUGUUGGACUUGAACGAUGGACUGGCCAAACGAAAUCAAAAUAAAUUAUCUAACAGCUUGCUCGGAGUUGUCUAAAUAGUGUGUAGUGUCGACAUUUUAUUAUUUAUCGAAACUUAGUAUUCCUAUAUACAUACCAAAUGGGUUGAAUCCAUUUUUAUUAAAAAAUAAUAAAAACAUACUAGUAGAAAGAAAUAUUUUAUGUUUAUUACUUACUAUUGGUAUAAGAGUUCCCUGUAUUGUGUGUGUUUCCAGAUUUGACGACUUUUUUUUUUUGCUUCUUGCCAUCUUUAUACGCAAUAACUCAUUGUUUCAACCUUUUUAUUAUUAUUAUUAUUAUUAUUAUUAAUUAAUAUAUGUUAUUGUAUGUAUUGGAUUUUGUUUAUUGACUUUUUUUUUUAAUUUUAUAUAUACACAAUUUGUAUACCAACAUAUUAUUUUAUGACGAUAAUAUUAAUGGCUGUUUUGUACAUUUUUUUUUAAAACAUUCCUCACAAUUGUUGUUUUUUUAUUUUUGACUGGAUUUGAUUGUCCUUGUAUUAUUUAUUAUUGUAUACCGGACAUAAAUUUUAAAUCCUUGUGUUUCUCGUUAUAAUAUAUAAUAUUAUUCAUAUAUAUAUAUAUAUGUGUAGAUUG